AUGCCCCUACGUGUCGUUCAGAGCUGUAGGAUAGGCUUGCGGUCAUCUUCAUCAACGCUGAAUCACCAUGCCCGACCUUUGACAACUCUGCAAUCUCGUACCUUACAAACAAGCCUUACAUCUACACCACCAGUCUCCUCUGGACAAAGUUUUGGGGGUGCAAGAACAGCGACAACGGUCUCUACCCCCCGCUUUGUCAAGAUUGUCGAGUGCGGUGUGCGGGACGGGUUACAAAACGAGCCCAACACCGUUUCUGUCGAAACGAAGCUUGAGCUUCUAGAACGCCUUGCCAAUGCCGGAUUACGAGCAAUCGAAAGUGGCGCAAUGGUGUCCAAAAAGGCGGUCCCACAGAUGGCGACAACUGCAGAGGUGCUUAGAGGCCUGAAACCUCACACGGGUGUGGCGUACCCGGUACUGGUUCCAAAUGUCAAGGGGCUCGAGAAUCUUCUUCAAUUACUAAAGUCCAUCAAAGAAGGAGAUGGAGGACGUGAGGCAGUCGACGAGAUUGCCAUUUUCACAGCUGCAUCUGACAGCUUCAAUAAAGCAAAUACGAACAAAUCAGUAGCCGACUCGCUGAUAGAGCUAGAAAAGGUUACUCAGCUGGCAUUGGACUACAAACUUCGAGUACGCGGCUAUGUCUCGACGGUCAUUACGUGCCCCUUUGAAGGGAAAGUUCGACCAAAAAGAGUCAAGGAGGUUGGGAAGGCACUGUUGGAUAUGGGAUGCUAUGAAGUGAGUCUACGAGACACUGUUGGUACAGGAACGAGCGAAACCGUGACAGCCUUGAUGGACGAGGUAGCGAUUGCAUUGCCUAUGAACAAGAUUGCAGUACAUAAUCACGAUACAUACGGCAUGGCCGUUGCAAACGUCUUGACAGCGCUCAAAUACGGUGUUCGGACAGUAGAUAGCAGCGUCUCUAGUUGCUGGUCUCGGUGGAUGUCCAUUCUCUCCGGGGCAACUGGAAACGCUGCAACAGAAGAUUUAGUCCAUGCUUUGCACGGUGCGGGGUACGAAACGGGGGUCGACUUGCGAAAGCUCGUUGCGACAGGUGAAUGGAUCAGUGAAGUGCUUGGUAGAAGAAACGAGAGUCGUGCUGGGCGCGGGUGGAGUGCACGGUGGAAGCGAGAGGAGACGAAGAAGGCUGCUUGA